AUGUGGUUCAUUUGGAAGGAAAGAUGUGAUAGAAUCUUUGAAGCUAAAAAUAAGGAUAGUAUUGUUUUAAACUUGGAAAUACUUAGACAUAUUGAGUUCUGGUCCACAAAAAAAAAGGCAAUACCUCAAGAACUAAGCAGAAAAAAGAGGAACAGUUUUAAAUGGAAAGCACCAAGUCUCGGAAACUUGAAGUUUAAUGUUGAUGCUACUUGGAUUUCUGAAUCUUUACCAUCUACUUAUGCUUUUAUUUUGAGAAAUGACUCAGGAAACUGUGAAGGAGGAAAGGCAGAACUUGCAGCAGGUCUCGACCCACAAGAAGCAGAAGCUAUAAGAGUAUGGAAAACGGCAGUUUGGGCCAACGAGAAGCAGAUAAAGAACUUCAGUAUUGAGGGUGAUUCUGAAAGUCUUUGUAACUACAUUAAUGGUCAGAAUGCAGAUGUAUCUUGGAGAGCUAAAGCUUAUAUGCAAGAAGCUCACAGAUUAUCUCAUCUUUGCAACAACUUUUUGGGUUUUUUCUUUGUUCCUAGACUAGAAAAUCAAGUGGUUGAUAACAUAGCCAAAUUUGCUAAAAAUGUAAACACCUGUUUCGAAUGGGAAAAGAUCCCACCUAUUUGUAGUAGAAAACAACUCUUAGAAGAAGAAGAAGAAGAAGAAGAAGAAAUCUAUGUAGUUGGAACUUAUGCCUAG